GACGUUCCUGGGUCUUCAUUUCUGCGCCGUGCCGUCACCCGUGGUUUCCGAAUUGUCGUCGAGCGCCGGGGACACGGCAGAAAACUCCGUGGCCCGCGAUGGAACCUUUUUGGAGACUCAGUGUCCUGGCAGAAAGCGGUUCCUGUCGCACAUCCAUGUCGUGACCCGGGAUGAUUCUGAGCAGAUCAUUCGUGCUGUGCAGGAGAGGACGAACAAUGCACCCAUGUUUUGGAUCGGCUUCUCCUCUGGCAGCAAGUUGCCAAUCGAGGCGGUCGGCAAGUAUGACGAACGCCGGAAGAACGGUGAUUUGACUGCACCGAAGUUUGUUGCGACUGCUUGCAUUGCGCCUGGCUACAAUCUGGAAACGUGCUUCAAUGGCUUCAAGUUUCCGUACAGUUGGCUUUGCCUCAGCAGUACGAAAAGUAAGUUCUUGCUCGAGAACGAGGAGGUCCUCCGUGCACAUGAUCCGGCUGCCUACGAGGCUGCUGUGAAUUCUUCUGACCUGCAAGAGCUUCUCUCGCAGGUGGUCCCAUUUGCUGGAUAUUCCUCUGACAAAGACUAUUUUGCCCACGAGAACCCCGUGUUGUUUGCUCCGCUGGUCCAGACUCCAACGCUCGUCGUCAAUGCACUGGACGACCCGUUGACCGUGCCCUCGAAUGCCUUUGGCAAGAUGCCAGGACGGGAGGACGGAGCAACUUUCGCUGAUAUGAUUCGCGAAUCGACCUGUGGCCUACUCUUGAUGGCGCCUUCAGAUGCAGACGGAAUAGACAUCGACAUGAAGCUGAAUGAGCGUUGGGCUACAGAGGAAGAUCAGGAUGACACGGGGGUGGAGAUCUCCCGUUACAGUCUCGGCAGUCUUGGCACCAUGGAGGAGGCUUCCUCGCAACGUGCCGCUGACUUGGGGACAGACUCACGGACAUCCGCAGAUUCAAGAGGAUCGGGAAGCAGUGCUAGCAGCGAGAUCAUGCCCGCGAUUCCGACUGCUGGGAGCGGGGCUCCUUAUUUGCGCUCUCGGCUGAAGGGCCUGAAUAUAGAGGAAGCACGGGCCAUUCGACGACGCUUGCGCGUGCGGCUCGGGGCCAUUACGCAAACAAAGCUGGUGUCCGGUAAGUCGCUCCAUGAUGCGGUGUCCGCAUUGGGCCUAACAAGAUAUGGACUGCAAGAGAUCAACGACAUCGUCAACUGCCUUGCGGAUUUCAUUGGCCUCCGCUUCUUAGCUCCAGACCACAAGGGGCGGCCGAGUCAGACUUCAGUGACGGCAGCGCACAUCUUCAGCUUUCAUGACGACGAUGCCCAGAACCUCGGAAUUCCUGAGUGGGAGUGGCCCCCAUACCGGGAGUCGUAUUCCACUUCAUCGAUUCACAAGAGUGCGUCUCUGCAGUGGCACGCCCUCGACAAGCCGCGGCAGCAGAAGUACAAUGCAGUGCCUGCUCAGGCGCUCAUGGAGCUCUGCUUGGCUGAGGAGACGGAUAUUCAGUACAAGAUCUUCGGAUCUUAUCUGAAACCGUUCCAAGCCAUUCGGGAGAUUUUGCUUGCUGGGGAUACAAACCGGCUUGUCGCGGAGCUGACUUUCGUUCGCAUCAACGACCUGGCGGUGCCACCUGAGCCUCUGCACCCGCUUCUCCUGCUUGAGCCUUUCGUCGCCGUGCUGAUCAUCGCUAAUGGUGUGAUGAUCGGGUUCCAGACAGAUCCCGCAUAUCAGGACUGGGACGGCUGGGCCUAUUUCGAAGCAGCAUUCGCUUCCUUUCUCUUGCUCGAGAUCGCGUUCCGCGUGCAUCUACUGAAAUGCCGACAGUUUUGGUGCGGCACAGAGCGGUACUGGAAUUUCUUUGAUAUUUUUCUGGGAGUGACUGGAGUCACGGACGUCGUGAUUCAGUUCAGCACUGACCAAAAGGUCGACUUUUUUGCCACGUCACUUCUUCGAUUCUGUCGACUGAUCCGCCUCGUACGCAUCGUCAAGGUGUUCCGGUUGAAGUUCAUGAGAGACCUGCGGCUCAUGGUGAAAGGGUUGAUUGCCGGGGUCAAGACUCUGAUCCUGGCCUUCACGCUGCUGUUCUCUGUCAUAUACGUGAUAUCCGGUUUUGCCACUAUGGUGCUUGGAGGCCACGAAGCCAUCGAUCGACUGGAUCUGGAAAUGCACUUUCGGACCCUGCCGGAUUCCAUGUUUACAUGUUUUCGCUGCUUCACAGGUGAGUGUGUCGACGAGUACGGGAAGCCGUUGACCCACAUGCUGGCACAAGAGUUUGGCCAUAUCUUUGUUUUCAGCUAUGUUUUCAGCUACAUGCUGGUGGCGAUGGGAAUCUUCAAUGUGAUCUUGGCCGUUUACGUUGACAUUACGAUGAAGGCGGCUAAAGAGAAUGAGGCGGUUACAGCUGACCAGCAUGCACGCGAGUCUAUCCGCAUUGCUCGGACCACGCGCGAACUGCUGAAGAAGUUCGCAGCUGCGUAUCAUCUCUUUCAGGACAUUGAGGAAAGUGACAUGAGCAGCAUUGACAUCAGUCCCAAUGCGGCCCUUUUCACGGAUGACGAGAUCCAGGACAACAUUGCCGUUACCAAGGAGCUCUUCCUACUGGUCAUUCAGGACCGACAGGUUCAACUGCUGAUGGACGAUCUGGACCUCCCCCCGGAUCGUGCGAAUCUCUUCGAGGUGAUCGAUGCAGACGGAAGUGGGACGCUGCACAUAGCAGAGCUGGUCCACGGCUUGCUGAAAAUCCGUGGAGAGGUCACCAAGAGCGACACAGUCGCUGCUCUGCUUGCGACAAAGGCUGUGCAGGCGAUGCUUAGCGAGAUACACAAAGAG